ACACGCACAAUCACAAUUCCUUUAUAUCUCUCUCUCUCAGCUUUCUCUCCCACUAAAUUUAUCCUCUCUAUCUCUCUCCACGUUUCUCGCCAACAAAACCAACAAACAAAAACGCGGUCUCUCUCUCUAUAUUAGAGAGCUGUUCAACCUAAAUCGUGGACAAAUCUCGGAAUCUGCGGCGACAAAAACAGAGGACGAAGAAGAAGAGAAUCAGAGGAAGAAGAAGAUGUGUUGUGGACGGAUUUGCAUGCUGUGCACGUGUUUGCUUCUUGUGGUGAUCGCGAUUGGGUUUCUAUUUGGAUUCGGUGUCUUCAAGGAUGGAUUUCACAAGAUCCAUGAAUCAAUUCAUCUCGAAUGCGAUCCCAGAUUUGGUUGCGGCGGUGGCCUUGGACGUCGCGGUUAUGGUUUCCCAGCUCCGGCCGGUGGUUUUAAUUAGUUGUGAUCUCAAUUCUUUUCGAAUCGGCGUUUUGCCUUUGAAUUCGAAUUUGGGUAUAAUAGCAUUGAUUCUUUAGGUUAUGAUAUUCGAUUGUUGCUUCUUUUUUAAUACUUUCCCCACUUUCUCACAUGGACUCACUCAUUGUGCAUUCGAAUGUUUCAUUAGUUAGAUUUUAGUAUUGACCUUAUUAUUACCUUAUGAUUGUUUUUUCUUUCAAAACGUAACGUAUGUGAUUCGUAUUCAUCAUUAUUUAAAAGUUUCCGCAGCUUUUAAGCAUAAAGUUAAAAAAGAAAAACAUUAUAUAUUUUCAGAUAAUCUAUAUAUACAUUUUUGGAGGGG